CUCGGCUGUGCCCUGUCAGCGGCCAGGACACUGGACAUCCAGUACAGCAAUUUCAGUCCAAGCCUGGCCAUGACCAAGUGCAAUCCAACAGCAGUUGGUCGCGUGGAGCUCCGCUCGCGUCGUCUCCUGCUGGCGCUUUACCAAGCCGCGCGCGGACUUUCGCUGCUGUCCAGUUCGCUGGAUCUGGAGCGGGAGCCGGUGCAGCUGAAGGCGCCACGGCAUCAGUGCAACCGUCUGUUGAUCGUGCUGUGGCGCGCCAUAUUGGUCAACAUAUACUGGACCAUGAUACCUGGCAUCUUUAGAUCGGUGAAGACGAGCCAAAGCUAUGCCGCACUGAUUGCCAUGAUGCAGUCCGGCUCGGUGACCGUCUUCGCGGUCGGCUCCUUCAUAAUGCAAGUGCGCGCCGAGUCCAGAUUCAUGGCCAUACUGAAUCGCUAUAUUGCGGUCUACGGCAGCAUCUGUUCGCUGACCCAAACCGAACAGCUCCUUCCGCUCAAGUUCAUCAGUUUUACGGCUCUCAAAUUGCUUUUGACUGUCGCCGGCUGCCUCUACGAGGUGCCGCAGCUGCUGCCGCUGCAGCACAUUGUCCAGCUGGAUAUUGGCGAGGUGAUCGGCGGCCUGAUCGCCAUUUACCUGUGGCUGGGCACGCUCUUCCUGCUGGACGCCUGUUUCCUCGGCUUCUUCGUGUCCGGCCUUCUCUACGAGCACAUGGGCGCGCACAUUGCGACAAUGCUGUGGGAAAUGCGCUCCAUUGACAUCGAUUGCCAGGAGCUGCAGUCGGACGACGAAGCCGAAUCCCAGUCGAAUCCUCAUCCGCCGCACCUCAGCCAUUAUAGGCGCAUGUGUCUGCUCUGCGAUCGGGCCGAUGAACUGGACGCUUGCGGUGUUAUCUAUAACGAACUGUAUAACGUAACGCUCUCGUUUCGCAGCAUUUUCCAAUGGCAGAUCUUAUUCUAUAUCUAUUACAAUUUCAUUGUCUUGCUGCUUAUGCUGUACGAGUAUAUUCUGAACUAUUUGGAGGCUGCGCAGGGCGAACUGGUGCCCGUGCUGAUGGUCUGCAUCAAGCUGGCCAAUAUUGUGCUCCUGAUCAUGUGUGCGGAUUUCACGAUCAAGAAAUCCCAAAUGCCACAGAUCUUGCCGCUGGAUAUUGUCUGCACGGAUAUAGACCAGCGUUGGGACAAGAGCGUGGAAUCCUUUCUGAAUCAGCUGCAAACACAGCAAUUGGAAAUCAAAGUCCUGGGCAUCCUUCAGCUGAACAAUGGAUUUAUACCAACAAUAUUAUCGGCCAUUAUAACAUAUCUAUUUAUAUUGAUACAAUUUGCCUUUACUGGCGGCUUCGAAGUAGCCGACGAAUUGCCAGAAACUAUAAAAGAUUUUCAUAAAAAUGUAUCUUAA